AUGUCCAUUGCAGCAGUAAAGCCCGCCACAGCAUUCAAGGUCGAAAUAGCCACUGACACUCCUGCAAGGGUGCGCUUUGCAUCAAACGGGAAGAUCAAGAUGUAUGGCAAGCUUUCAAGAGUCAAGGAUGCUCGGCAAGUUUUAGAUCGCAUGCGUAACAAGGACUCGGUGUCUUGGUUCUUGAUGCUAGCUGUCUAUGCACAAAAUGGUCAUAUGGAAGAGGCCAAGCUGAUGUUUUCCCAAAUGCCGGAGAAGAGUUUGAUUUCUUUCAACAUGAUGUUAUCUUGGUUUGGUCGGUGUGGAUGUGUACAAGAAGCUUACAAAAUCUUUAACAACAUGCCUCACAGGGAUUUAGUGUCUUGGAACGCCGUGAUCUCUGCAUAUGCCCACAGUGGGUAUAUCAACGAGACGGUUCAGGUGUUUGAUGCCAUGCCUGAGAGAGAUAUGAUCUCUUGGACGGUGGUUUUAACGUUGCAUGCGAAUAAUAGAAAUUUGGAAGAAGCUAAGAACAUCUUUGAGAAAAUGCCAGAAAGAGAUCUAGCUGCUUGGAACUGUAUGCUGAAUGCAUAUUCCCAAAGCGGGUAUCCGCAGGAGGCAAGGCGUGUGUUUUAUUCUAUGCCUCAGAGAAGUCUCAUUUCCUGGACUGUGAUGUUAAACCUUUCUGCCGUAAAUUCUAGUUACAAGAAACAAAGAGUAUAUUCGAAGCCAUUCCAGAAAUUGAUCUAG